CAGGAAGCAGAGCAGAAGAUGGUCUGAUGAGAGAUGCAUUCCAGUUUGAAGUGCUGCAGACACAGCAUGAAGAAGUCAAGCAGAAGCUGAAAGAAAUGCAGGAUGAAAUGCUCACUAAAAAUGGAGAAAUUAAAAUUCUGCGUGACUCAAUGCAGCAGAUGGAGCAUGCUAUGGAGGAACAGAAAAAAUCCUUCCUGCUACUGGAACAGCAGAAAUCUCAGAUUUUGAGUGAAAAAGAAAAAGAGUUCUCCAAAAAGGUCCAGUCCCUGCACUCCGAGCUGCAGUUCAAGGAUGCAGAAAUGAAUGAAUUAAGAACACGACUUCAGAACUGUGAGAGAAACAAACACCUUCCUCAGGCAGUUCCAACAACAAGCCCUAAAAAGAAUCUUGUGGUACAAGUGAAAUCAGGAGGAUGUUCUCCACAGCCAGAAAGAAGAUCUUUUCCUACAAAGGAAUCCUUCAAUGCUGAAACAUCCACUAGGCCAUCGAGUUCUUCAGGAAAUGUGAUGGCCCUGACUACUUCAAACAAAGAAGACAGGAAGAUAACCCAUCCUGAAGUUUCAUCCCUGAAGCAGCACAAAGCAACAGCAAAAAAUGGUUCCUACAACUCUGUCCCCAAACGAAAACCACAAGGUUCUAUCUUGCUGAAUGCACUGAUGAAGCAGCCCAUAGUCCCUGGGUCACUUCUGGGUUUCUGCCACCUUCUCAGCAGCAACUCUGAGCCUCUGUCUGGAGCUGUGUUGCCACCCAACUCUUUGGAUACGAAGCCCACCCAACUCCCCAGCAGCAGGACAACUCAAGAGGGAAUCGCUCCUCUCGUAUCUUUGCAAGAAGCUCAAAAACUGGCAAUGACAGGACUGAACUUGAUUGCUCUGGAUGAAGGAUGUGAGGGAAGGCCAGCAGAAGGCCAGGGAGGGCUCCUGGCCCUCACACAGAGCAGGAUCCCGGGGGCUGUGCACCUCCUGCCCUUGCUGGAGCACCACGUUGGUGCCUUCUGCCGAGCGGAGCAGCUCGGGGACACGCCAGGGAAUGGAGCCUGUGGCUCCCACCCAGCUGCUGCUUCCAGGGCCAGCACAAACACGGGCUCAGGCAAGGAGGACUGCAGGCUGAACCUUGAAGAAACAACUCUUGUGUCACUGGGGAUCCUCUAUUAUCUGGUCUUCUACAGCUGGGAUGUUGUCCACACGUUGCUGUCUGCUGAAAUGGAGAACGGUUCUGCUGCUGGAGAUGAACAGGUUUCCAAGACGGACAAAAACGUGUUGUGUGACAAUCAGUGUGACAAUAAAGAAGAGAGCAGGACACAAGGAGGGCUGGCUGCUCCACAGGAUCCUCCCAAUACUGAUGGAGCUCAACAUUCUUUGUUUAAAAAGCUGCUUCAGAUUUUAGCUUUUUCUGCUGCAAGGGGUUCCCAGACUGACAAUAUCCUGUGCCAGAGCCUAAAGGUUUUGGUACAAUUAGCUGAAAAUUCAACUAUGGACUUAUUAAUAAAUUUCCAGCACUUGCUGAGCUCUCAGGUGCUGCAGCGCUGCCUGCGGCCCGAGAGCCCCGUGCCCGCCGUGCUCCUGACUGUGAGGCUGCUGGGAGCCCUCGCUCAGCACCCCCUGCUGGCUGCCCAGCUCUGCUCCCAUGCAGACACCUGCCUUCUCCUUGCACUCUCCAUGUACAUAACAUCAAGACCAGACAAAUCAGCAUCUGAAAUGCUUUGGCUUCAGCUGGAGCAAGAGACUCUGAGGCUCCUGACACGCUGCCUGUGGUGCUCCAGAGCAGUUUUAUUUCCUGGCACAGACUGUCAGUGCUACCUCGAGGUGGUUAAGACACUAAUUGUGAUGCUGCACAGACAGUGGAUGAAGAUCAGAUCUGAGAGCAGCUUGUGUGCACACAGGGAACGAGUUAUUCAGUUUUUAAGGGAUGCUGUUUUACUCCUGCACAGCCUGUCUCAGAAAGAUAAACUGUUCCAUGAGCACUGUUUGGAAGUUCUCCAUCAAUAUGACCAAGCCAUGCCAGGCAUAAGAGCCAUUCUCAAAAAGACUCAAAAACUGAGUGCCUCUGAAGAGCUGAUUUUGGAUGAAUUGUAUCCUCCUGAGCCAGAAGAGCAAGGAACAGACUCCAGCUAGCCAACAGCAAAGAUCUCUGUCCUUCCUCAUCUGAAUUAUCAUUGCCAAUGUAAAUGUGAACUUUGAAUCAUCCUUUCAAGUGCUAAUCUUGGGUUGCACUCAAACACAGCACAACUAAGACACUUUUCACUGUUGCAAUUAUUUCAGUGCUAUCUAAAUGUAGCUGAAUGCAAAGGAAUUCUGAUGAGAGUGAUACUGCUGUGCAAACUCACUCAAUGGCUUGUGACUGGUUCUGGUAAUGAAUUCCAUCCUGUAUGAAACCACUGUGAAUGGAAUGGAAAUUUCUCUCUAUUCUCCAUUUUCCUGUGACUACAGCUGAAUUUGUGGUGCUGAGGUGUUUGGCAUCACUGCAUUCAUAUGAAAGCCUUUUGAAAACCC